AUGAUUCACCUGUUGCCCCUGCUGAGAUUCCGGCUCGCACAGCUUAUUGAUCCUGGCGAUUGCGAGCUUCCGUCGAACGAUCGGACCAGGCAAAAGAUCCUACUGGAAGAGAUGGAUGAGGACUCUGUUACACGUGCGAUUGAUCCCGAGUACUGCUCACCGAAACACCCGCAAUUGAUUCGUGGUCAAUAA